CUGAGAGAAUCUAAGGAUAAUGUACGAUAAUUUUGACGUGUUUGUACGAUAAUUCCCUGCGACGAAUCUGGCAACGCUAAUGUGUGUGUUUAUGUGGCUGGUUGCGCAUCAGCGCAGCGUCUGCGCGCUGCGGAUCCUGCCGAUUCAGAUUUUAGGUUAUAUUUUGAUUUAUGUUUUGAAUUUGCAUCAGAUUUGCAUAUAUACAUUUGUUUUGAUAAUAAGGGAGUUCCAUGACACUUGUAUAAUUUUUAUAGCAUAAUCUGAGAAUCAAACUUCCUGAAAGAUGCAUGAGGCAUAUCAAAAGACGUCAUUGCUGAAUAAUGUUCAGUUUCAGGUUGAAUCAAUUACUGCUUAUGAUGAUAACUUAUUGGUUGGUACCAGACAGGGGCAAUUAUGCAUGUACAAUCUUUUGAGAACAGAUGAAAAAUGUGAAGUGCAGCUUAUGAGGUACAACAAGUCUUUUAGCAAGAAACCUGUUCAGCAACUGGAAGUCAUACCUGAUGGUAGUCUUCUAAUAAGUCUAACAGAUAAUUUAAUUCAGGUUCAUGAUCUAAAUGCUAUCCAUUUCACAACCCUAUCCCAGGUCCAAAAAAGCAAAGGUGCAACAUUGUUUGCUCUCAAUACAAAGAAACAAACUUCAAUGACUGGCGAAGUCAGCAUCAUAGUACGAAUGGCUGUAGUGGUAAAACGAAGAAUGCAACUGUAUUAUUUGAAAAAUAAUGAGUUUUUUCCUCUGAUGAAUGACAUCAGCUUGAAUGACAUACCCAAGGCAAUGGUGUGGUGCCAGGAAACUAUAUGUGUCGGAUUCAAAGGUGAAUACGCGAUCAUCGAGCUUGAUGGUGAUCCACCUGGUAAACUGACAGAACUCUUUCCCACUAGCAGUACUAGAUCCAGUGAGCCAUGUAUAACAAAGGUGUCUGACACAACAUUCGCAUUGUGUCGUGAUGCUCAGAGUGUUAUAGUGAAUGUCAAAGGAGAUACAGAGAGAAACAAAGGACUCAAGUGGUCUGAGGUCCCAUUGAACAUUGCUUGGGAUGAACCAUAUGCAUUGGGCAUUAUCACUGAUGGUAUUGAGGUAUUAACUUUAGAGCCUAGUGGUCUGGUACAGACAUUAUCAGGUAUGCCAAAAGUGAGGUUCAUAGCCUCUGCUCAACAGGGUUUGCUCUAUGCAGCUGCUAUUAGUCAGAUUUGGUGCAUUCUAGCUGUGGAUAUAGCUAAACAAAGAAAGAUUUUAGUGGAUGCAAAACAGUUUCAACUAGCACUUAAGCUAACUUGGCUGGGCAGCGACAGCUCAAUUGAGGGUCACUCACGGGAUUAUGAAGGGUUUCUGGAAUUUAUUGAGAACAACGAGAAAUCACAAUUGAGAGGGUGGCAAGAAGAUAUUUGAGGGAACAACUGUUUAGAGGCCUACGAUAUAGAUUCUCAAAACUCACACAAAUUUCGAAUGAGUCAGAAGAGGAGAAAAAAGAAAAAACUCACCAUAUCCAAACUUUGUUAGCGUACGACCUCUUCCACAGAAAAGAGUUUCAUGAAAGUAUGAAGGAAUUUCUGAAACUAGGUACUCCCGCUUAUGACGUUAUUAGACUUUUUCCAGAUCUGUUGCCUCAAGCUCAGGCAGCUGACACUGUGGAACCCGUCAGGGAUCUCACUGAAAAAGAGCUGGAAGCUAGCAGAUUAGCCCUUAUUGAUUAUUUGACAGAAAUCAGACAUAGGUUACACGCCCCAGAAACUCAGGCCAAUGUGAACGCUAGGGGGAAUUUAAACGAAAGAACAGCCAGCAAAUCCACACAGCAGCUUCUUCAAAUUAUAGAUACUACAUUAUUGAAGUGUUAUCUCCAAACAAACGAUGCAUUGGUCGCACCUCUUUUGAGGCUUAACCAUUGUCAUUUGCAGGAGACAGAAAAGAUACUGAAAAAGAUGGGCAAGCACAAUGAACUGAUCAUACUCUAUCAAACCAAAGGACAACAUAGAAGAGCGUUAGAGUUAUUACACGCAGAAAAGAGCAUUGAGAGAACUGUAAGUUAUUUACAGCAUUUAGGUUCUGAGCAUAUGGGACUGAUUUUGGAGUUUGCUGAUUGGGUUUUAGAAGAAUCACCUGAGGAUGGGUUAAAGAUAUUCAUAGAAGAUAUAGCAGAAGUAGAAGCACUUCCUCGACCCAGAGUGUUGGACUUCCUGCUAAAAUCUCACACAUCUGUGGUUAUACCUUAUCUGGAACAUGUAGUUCAUACAUGGGAUGAUACUAACUCACUAUUUCACAAUGCUCUUGUCCAUCAGUAUCGUGAGAAAAUUAUGGCAGGAGCGGCAGUAGCGGCACAUACAAAAAAGAAACUGAUCGACUUUUUGGAACGUAGCAAAUAUUAUAUACCAGAAAAUGUUCUUAACGAAUUUCCUACAAAUAAUUUGUUAGAGGAGAGAGCUAUAAUUCUUGGAAGGUUAGGAAAACAUGAAGAGGCACAUACCAUAUAUGUCAGAGCUUUGGGUGAUAUUGACAAAGCAACUGAAUAUUGUAAGAAGGUGUAUGACAAGAACUUACCUGGAUAUCAAACAGUUUACGUGUCACUGAUAAAACUAAUCCUCAACCCAGACAGUUGUACCUUAUCAUUGCCAGGUCUAGUACUAUGCCCCAAAACUGCUCAACCGGAUUUAGAAUUAGCAUUGAAACUUCUGAAAGAACAUGCUUGCCACAUGGAUCCUCUGGACGCCUUGAGUAUACUUCCAGACAAUGUACCUGUUUCAAGGAUUGCGAAAUUCCUGUCUGUGGCACUUCAUAAGGUGAUACAGGAAAGAAGAAAUGUACAAUUGAUGAAAGGUUUGCUGUAUGCUGAGCAUCUUCAAUGUCAAGAGAUGAAGUUAGCCUUACAAAGCCAACAUGUACUUGUAACCGAGCUGAAUGUGUGUCCAGUUUGCAAGAAACGAUUUGGAAAUCAAAGUGCAUUGGUACGUUAUCCCAAUGGAGAUGUUGUGCACUUUUCAUGUCAAGAAAAAAAGCCUCAUGAGGAUUUCUGAGUUCUAAGUAAUGUGAUAGCCUUUUAACUAGGACAUUUAAAAUAUCUAUGUCUGUAAUUCUAUUUUCAAUGUUUUAUUUUAUAUGUUUAUGUUUGUUUAUAUUUUUGUAUAUAAUCUUUAUUAAAUAUUAUCAAUACA